AGUCUCGCUAAGCGACUCAGUUUAGGCUUCCCAUAUCUCGAACACACACAUCUACGGAUUUCCGUCAACGGUUUCCGUUGACGUUCAGACGUUCUUUAACGAGUCCUGUAUUCGAGAGCGAGCAAAAGAACUUUCCACGAUGCAAUUAUUGGUAGGGGUCUUUUUCACCACGGUAUUUGUGAUUCAUAUCAAGGGAAAUGAGCCUGAAUGUGCUGACUACGAGUUCCUUUGUAGAACAGAGGCGCAGUGCAUACAAGCCCUCUCCCGCUGCAAUGGGAUCGAGGACUGCGAUGAUGGGUCGGACGAAUCUGACUGUGGCCGUGAGGAGUGCGACGGGUUCGUCUGCGAGGACCGCACGUGCGUCCAAAGUCGAUUACAGUGUGACGAACCACGUGACUGUCUCGACGGACAGAAUGGAGUAAACUGUCACGUCUGCUCCGUAGGUACAUUGCUCUGUGCGCCGCUACGAAAGUGUCUCGAUGACAGAGAUAUCUGUAACGGCGUUGAGGACUGCCCUGAUGGGUAUGAUGAAAAGGACUGUGCUCAAGAUGUUUGCGACGGAUUACAAUGCUCUGACAUCCAAUGCGUAAGCAGUGAAAAAGUUUGUGACGGUGCCCAAGAUUGUGGCGACGGUUCCGAUGAGCUAAACUGCACUGGAUGUAGUGAAGACUCCAUAUUGUGUGUGCCACUUCAAAAGUGUCUUUCGAAGGAACGGAUCUGCGAUCGUAAGGAGGACUGUCCCGACGGAUCUGAUGAACUGCAUUGUGGGAAUCUCGUUUGCCAGGGUUUCAAGUGCCCAAACAACAGAUGCAUUUCUACUGACUGGCGAUGCGACGGUGACAAGGACUGCAACGACGGAUUUGACGAGAAAAACUGCACCGAAUGCGGCGGAAAUGCUGUCCUUUGCGAGCCAUCGAUGACAUGUAUGAACAAGUACGACGUCUGCAACCUGAACGUGGAUUGUUCCGAUAGAUCUGACGAAAACGACUGCGCGAACCAUUCUUGCGAUGGCUUCAAGUGCCCAAAUAACAAGUGCGUUCCAAACGAGUGGCGCUGUGAUGGCGAUAACGAUUGUCUGGACAAUGCAGACGAAAAUAACUGCACAGAGUGUAAGGAGCAGGGAUUUUUUUGCCGGUCUUCGAGCACCUGCAUCAGCAAGUACAAGAUAUGUGAUUCAGUGAGCGACUGCCUCGACGGAUCCGACGAAAGGGACUGCCAGAACCACUCUUGCGAUGGCUUUAAAUGCCAGAAUAAUAAAUGUAUCCCGAGUGAUUGGAGGUGUGAUGGACACGGCGAUUGCGAAGACAACACGGAUGAGGAAGAAUGUACACAAUGCAUCUCAGGGGGAUUCCUAUGUGCACCGCUGAACAAAUGCUUCAGCAAAUACGACAUCUGCAACCUCGAAGUAAACUGUCCAGACGAAUCAGACGAGCGGGACUGCGCGAACCACGUGUGCGACGGCUUUAAAUGUCCGAGCACCAAGUGCAUUCCAAGCGAGUGGAGAUGCGACGGAGAAGACGACUGCGGGGAUAAUAGCGACGAAGGAAAUUGCACGGAAUGUCACAAGGACGGUUUCUUAUGUGCACCGACCAGUACUUGCCUGAAUAAGUAUGACGUCUGUAACCUCGUACAAGACUGUCCGGAUGAGUCCGACGAGGUAGAUUGUGCCAAUCACACGUGCGAUGGGUUUACGUGUUCGAACAUGAAAUGCAUUCCAACCGAAUGGCGGUGCGACGGAGAAAGUGACUGCAACGACGAUAGCGACGAGGAAAAUUGCGCAGAAUGUUCAGACGAUGGAUUUCGGUGCACGACGUCCAAGAAAUGUUUGAAUAAAUACGAUGUCUGCGAUUUGAAGAACGACUGUACUGAUGCGUCCGACGAAAGCGAUUGCGAAAAUUACAACUGCCCUGGAUUCAAGUGCCCGAACAAUAAGUGCAUUAGAGACGAAUGGAAGUGCGACGGAGAGGAUGACUGCCUGAAUGGGGCUGAUGAAGAGGACUGUCCGAUGGGUGACUCGUAUGCGGCAGCGGACUUCAUUUCUUAGUCGUUGGAUUACUUACAAAGAAAUAUUACACUUCGUAUGUCCAGGUUGAGAAUCUAAAAAAAGAAAAAAGAAAAGAAUCAGGCAUACAGACCAAAUGACCUUGUAGCGAAUCCGAACAAGGAAGAUUUCAAGGACUGCCUCGGAUUCUUUCUCGUUAUCGGAUAUUUUGGUCAGGGUGCUUGUGAUGCCUCUAGUUGAGAGGUAGUACUUAAAUUUAUGCUACUCCGCUUGACGACGAGGGUGGAUUUCAAUCCGUCUUCGAGAGGGCCUGGGUCUUGGAUGUUCAAUAUUAAUACUAACACUUUGUGCACGCACUUUCCAUGUAUCGCAAAUUUGUUCGCUUCGAAUCUCACAUGUGGCACUCCUGAAUUUAUUUUACAAGGUGGACAGUGUAGUAUUCUAGAUGUUCUGCCACCCGCAGGCUAUACCGAGACUACCAGUUGGCAACAAUGUAUAGACGGGAUCAUUCUGUAUAAAGAUGUUGUAUGAACGCAUCUCGGACCGUGCAGAGACACUACAGAAUGUACUUACAAACUAUUCCUAUAUAUUGAAAUACACAUAUGACAAUUGUCUUUUUGUACCUCAGGACAGUACAGCUACAAAAUUAACGAACUGUACAGUAUCAGCAAUCUCGAAAUAUCUUGAGACGGGUGUCACAUAAAGCUCCAAUAACAGGCUGGACAAUGAAAGUUCCAAAAGACAAAAUAGUUACAGAAAAAUUUGAAUAAUUGGUUGCCGUUGUGAUAUGUGCUACUGGAAAAGAUGCACGAUGCGCAGAGAACGAAACUAAAGAAUCCGAGCGGCCAAUCCAAGAGUCGAUGUCAAGUCAAACACAUCUAAACCUAUAGAGCAGUGACGUCGGUGCGUCCGUGGGCAUGGUUUGCCGUCUUUCUGACGGGCGGACGGGGGCUAUCUUUUAUCGAAAGAAGGAAAAGUAAUAACAAAGAGAGGGUGGUCUGCCUGCCGAGACGGGCGGCAUGUUGCCACAGAGAGAGAGAGGAAGAGACAAGGAAAAGGGGAAACACGAAAAAACGGGACACACGACACAGCAAUGAUACGUUCAAUGCAAAGUUCUGUGACUGUGCCAUCUGCUGGUCACCUUCGGUUUACACCAUACAGUUCAUACUUUUUGGAAAGUGUUCAAUACAUGUUCACACGUACUUUUUGGGAACUGUUCAGUGUAUCAAACCAGAUGGAUGGACAGAGUAAUUAGAAACAUACGUAAGCAAAUAAAUAACGAACGUUAUAAUGUGCUUGCUUUCAAGAGCCCUCAUGACUGUGCUGUGAUUGCUAAAUAUUAUUUCAGUAGGGGCUUUAUGGAAAUACAAGAUCGUUCCCGAUCCGCACGUACUAACGUUCCAACCUAUAAGAUAAAAAGGAUAAGAACAGAGGCAGAACGGCAUAUACCAAAGAUGAUACUAUGUACCAAAAAUGUUUAAUGCGGUACCUAGCUACGUAUUUACCGAAAAAAAAAACGUAUGCGAGGAGACUAAUCAGGAAAUGGUUCUUUCUGAAAGGUUGAUGAGUACUGGCAUGGCAAUAAUAACACAUUUUCCAUCUUGUAUUGAAUUAUUCUGACUGUGUAUUGACAAUAAUUGUAUCGUUCUUCGCUACACAUAUUACUGUAAUGGGUUAUUUUUAUUCCUUACUUGUUUUGUUUAUUUUCCUUUUUUUUUCUUCAAGGCUAUGUAAGUACGUAAAUACUGGUAUUAGUGACUGUCUGCCAUCUGGCAAGGACGGCCCACUUGCCAAAAGAAAGGCAUAGGCCAUUCUGUUUUCCUUUCAAUGCGUAAAACCAGUACAAUAAAAUAAUAAUAAUAAUAAUAAU